UAAUUUGCAUGCAACCUCCACCCACGCAUGAGGCCACAGGAGAGCUCCGGAUCCACAAGUGACGAAGCAGGGCUACGGUCGUAUCUUGUUCAGCCAGGCAGAAUCGAAGGCAGUUUCACUCACAGCUUAUGCGAUGACACACAUGGCAGAUCCUCCAACAGGCCAGCUGGGGUCCUCGGCGUUGACUGGAGCGUCUCGGGCGAUGACGCACAUGGCGGAUCCUCCGACAGGCCAGCUGGGGUCCUCGGCGUUGACUGGAGCGUCUCGGGCGAUGACACACAUGGCGGAUCCUCCGACGUUCUCACUGAUGUCUUCGAAGUUGACGGGAGCCAUUGUAAAAGUUGGGCGGUGUUUGUGAAGAAGGCGGUCUGGUAGGAGGAGUUGGAAGACAAGGUAGUGAUUUGAGAGAUGGGCUUCAGCAUUGCAAGGUAUUUAUAUGUCCGCAACACCUCUUGCUGGCACCUAUGGCUCCAUUAGAACAAUAGACACUCGCCAACUCGGUCAAGAGAACAAUAGCGGCGACCAUGCUGAUGAGCCCAUUGUUCAGCUGAGGUCACAGAAGGCGCUCUAACGCAGACCGUAUGGCAUGCCUGGCUGUGAGAACGGUGCUCUUAUUGUAUGGAUCUGUAGCGCAGGUCCACAGCUCUGAAGAGUCUCUAU